AUGCAAUUAUACAAUAUCUUUGAAUUCCCAAUCGUGCGAGACCAGCUCAUCGCCAACACAAUCCUCGUCGCAGUCGCCACCCUCUUGGUAAUAUUGCGUGGCGUCUCCCGCCGAAUCCGAAAAGCCUAUCUAGGAUGGGACGAUGCAUUCUGUGUCGGGGGCUUAUUUCACACAUAUGGAAUGCUCGCGAUGCAAUUCCACUAUGCUCGUGUCGGGAUGCGACACCACAUCACCGUUAUCCCCACAGAGAAUGCUGUAUUGAUCGCCAAAAUGCUCAUGGUCUACCAAAUCGUCUACUACAACGCCAUGGUUCUGGCUAAAUUCUCUUAUCUCGCUUUCUACCUGCGAAUCUUUGUGUCGCGGGAAUUCCGCAUCCUGACAUGGAUAUGUAUGGGCUGUGCGGGUGCAUACUGGACUGGGAGUAUGCUCCAGAUCUUCCUAAUCUGCACACCAUUCGAGAAGAACUGGAAUCCAACUCUGCCGGGUCAUUGUGCGAGUCAGAAUGUGGCGUUUUCGACGAUUGGAGCCUUUAAUCUGCUCACCGAUGUGAUGAUUAUGGCGUUGCCUAUUCGUUUUGUCUGGAAAUUGCAGAUGUCUCUCGCGACCAAGUUGGCGUUGAUUGGUAUCUUUGGAUUGGGUGUCUUUUCUAACGAGCUUCACAGUAUUUCUUCCAUCACCAUCAUCCGCAUCCUUGUCCUCACCACAGUCGAUUUCACCGAUCUGUCUUACUCGAUGAUCUGGGCUGCCUUUUGGAGUGUGACGGAGCCUGCUCUUGCCAUUGCAAAUUCAUGCGCGCCCAUGCUGCGACCGAUUCUCAAGGCCGCUUUCCCGUCCUUGUUCUCCAGUGUCCGUGCUGUAUACUCGACGCAGCCGUCCACGGGACCUACGCUGAGCAAGAAUAGUACGGCAAAACGGACGUAUGGUAUCGACGAGACGGAUAGUGAAUUUCCUCUCACACAAUUGGAUCAAAUACCAGGAUCGGUGGAUGGAGGGUCGUUGAAUGAUCAAUCGCAGGAUGGUCGCUCGCACUAUACACCAUAUCAUACCCCUAGGUCUGUUGUUGGGACUCCUAAAGGGUUACCAUAA